AUGGGACGAAGAUGGCCGUUGGCACUAACCUUUGGCGUGUCCGGUACAGCCUGUCUAAUUACGCUACCGAUUCAAUGGUUCAUGACUGAUUAUGAUGUCGUGGUGACAACUUUCGCAAUGAUCGGAAAAUUCACAAUCAGUGCAUCGAACGCUAUCGUACCCGUUUUCACCGCAGAGCUUUAUCCGACAGCGCUACGAAACGUUGGAGUGGGGGCUAGCAACGUUUCGGCCGGUGUAUCGUUAUUGCUCAUACCGUAUCUGUGGGAAUUGAAUCUUAUAUUUUUGUCGUUUUAUAAUUCGACUUGUAAUUUUUUAGUCUUAUAUAAUUUAUACUCCUUUUUGUAUAAACAUUUUCUUCAUUUUAUUGUUAAGGUUAUACUGGGCGUCUUAGAAAUUCCUGGCAUCGCUCUUAGUAUUUACAUUCUUCUAAAAAUGGGACGAAGAUGGCCGUUGGCACUAACCUUUGGCGUGUCCGGUACAGCCUGUCUAAUUACGCUACCGAUUCAAUGGUUCAUGACUGAUUAUGAUGUCGUGGUGACAACUUUCGCAAUGAUCGGAAAAUUCACAAUCAGUGCAUCGAACGCUAUCGUACCCGUUUUCACCGCAGAGCUUUAUCCGACAGCGCUACGAAACGUUGGAGUGGGGGCUAGCAACGUUUCGGCCGGUGUAUCGUUAUUGCUCAUACCGUAUCUGUGGGAAUUGGCAGCAGUCCAAAAAUGGAUACCGAUGAGUCUAUUGGGAAUACUGGGAGUCACUGGAGGUUUUUGCACUCUCUUUUUACCUGAAACAGGUAAUGCCCCAUUAAAAGACGUCUUAGACGACGAAUCACACUCGGCAUCGGUGCAUAGCUUAAGAGAUAGCCAAGAUAUUUCAGAACUUUAGUUUUUAGCUCACAAUCAGUACUUGCCGUAAAAAAUAUUUUUACAUUUUACUAUACGUUUGUACAAUUGUCGUUAAGUGUUUGUUAGUAACUGUAAUUGUCCUAAUAAGUUAAUGAUAAUUAGUUGCAAUAUUUGCAGCAAGUUAAAUGUGUAAAUAGGUCCUGUACUAUUACUUGAUGAUAACGGCUUUCGGGUUGUCCAAUAUUAUAGGUAUUAUACGUACAUUAUUAUCACAUAUUCUGUUAAUAGUAAGUCCAAAACGGUUCUUAAGGUUUAUACUGUACAUAUCUACGUCAGCCAACGAUUGUAAAAUUAAGUAUUUCAUGCCUAUAGAUGCAUUUAACUACGUAAAGAUGAUAAAAACAAAACAUCAAUAACACAAAUGCAUUUACAGAUAAAGAGAAAUUAAAAUUUUCACAAUA